AUGUGUUUGGUGGGGGAACUCAAUACUGAAGAAACUCUUCAAUCUCUUUGCCGGCGAUUGAGAGCAUGUUCAAGCUCUUCUCAAUGGCUGAAUUGGCAGAGACAGCAACACCGUCACCUGGGAUUUGGUAUUGGUACCAAUGGUCGGAGUAGUAGGAGGAGAGACGACGGAUUAUUUGAAAUAAUUGGAAAUCACGGCCAUGAUCUCUACAGACUCAACUCCUUACUCUUCGAACUCACUCGUUCCAACCAGUUUUCCCUUGCCUGUAAACUCUUCUGUCAUGUUCAUUCCUCUCACCAUCUUCGCCCGGAUCACUACACACUCUCCACUUCCCUGACCGCCUCUUCAAAACUUCAUGACACCGCCAGCACAGGUAUUCAGCUCCAUGCCUACUCUAUCAAGGCGGGUUUCAAAGCCUAUCCUCAUGUUGCCAAUUCUCUUCUCUCUAUGUACUCGAAAUCAGAGAAGUUGGCAUCCGUGAGAAUGGUUUUUGAAGAAAUCAAAGACCCAGAUGUUUAUUCCUGGACUACCUUGUUGUCUGCAUUGACGAAGUUUGGUCAAGUUGAAUACGCCUGUAAGCUGCUUGAUGAAAUGCCUCAGAGAAGAACUGCUGUUUGGAAUUCUGUAAUUACUGGAUGUGCCAAAUAUGGGUGGAAGCAGAUUGCCCUUGAUUUGUUUCAUAAAAUGCAUUUGAUUGGUAUUUGUCAUGAUAAUUAUACUUUUGCUAGCAUUUUGAGUUUGUGUAGUUUGGAAACAGUGGGUUUUGGUAAGCAGGUGCAUUCUUUAGUCAUCAGAACUGGCUUCUUAGACAUACCUUCUGUGGUUAAUGCACUUCUUACAAUGUAUUUUACCUCUGAACUCGUUGAAGAUGCAUUUACAGUUUUCCAUGAAGUGGAUUUCACCAUUCAUGAUCAGAUCACCUAUAAUGCGAUGAUAGCUGGUUUAGCAAGUAUGGAAAGGGAAGAAGAAGCCCUGAAAAUGUUCUGUCAGAUGCAGGAAAUGAAUCUCAGUCCAACCGAGGUUACUUUUGUUAGUAUUAUGAGUUCAUGUUCGGAUAUGGAAACUGGACAUCAAAUACAUUCCAAAUCAAUUAUUUCUGGCCUUGAAUUGAGUACAUCUGUAGCAAACUCCGCCAUAACCAUGUAUUCUAAAUGGGGAGACCUAGAUACAGCCAUUGCAAUUUUCGAGAGACUGGAAGGGAAAGAUUUAGUUUCCUGGAAUGCCAUGAUUAAAAUCUAUGCUCAAAUGAACUCGGGUAGAGCAGUUAUCUCGACAUACCUUCAAAUGCAGAACAUGGGAAUUCGACCAGACGAAUUCACCUUUGGAAGCCUGCUGACUAGCUCAGAAUCAGUUCCAUUUAUCGAAAAAAUUCAAGCUAUCGUUAUCAAGAACGGUCUUAUAUCGAUAAUAGAAGUUUCGAAUGCACUAAUGUCAGCAUUCUCGAGGCACAACAACAUAAAUCAAGCAUAUGGUAUAUUUCUCAUCUCUUGUAGAAAUUUAAUCUCAUGGAAUAUAAUAAUCAAUGGGUUUCAGCUAAACGGGUUUCCAGUUCUGGGAAUCAAUCAGUUUUAUGUAAUGUUAUUGUCUGGAUUGAGGCCGAACGUUAAUACUCUUAGUAUUAUUCUGAGUAUUUGCGCCAGCAUUUCGUGUUCAAGACAAGGGAAGCAGGUUCACGCUUACAUUUUGAAACACAGAUUCAAUUCCGAAGCAUCUUUGUCGAAUGCUUUAAUCUCUAUGUAUGCAAAAGGCGGUGUUCUCGACAUGUCUUUGAAAGUUUUUGAUUCAAUGACAAAAAGAGACGUGAUCUCUUGGAAUUCCAUAAUAGCUGCUUAUGCACAACAUGGAGAAGGAUUGAAAGCAGUUAAUUGCUUUCAGUUGAUGCAAGAAUUGGAUAAGGUUCUACCGGAUUCUGCUACUUUCACAUCAGUUCUUUCAGCUUGCAGCCAUUCAGGUUUAGUUGAUGAUGGUAUAAGAAUUUUUAACUGUAUGGUAAAUGAGUUUGGUCAUGAACCGAGCAUAGAUCAGUUUUCUUCUGUGGUUGAUCUGUUAGGUCGAGCUGGUUAUCUUGACCAGAUUGAGAAUAUUAUAAAUAGCGGUUAUAUUAAGGUGGAUCCGAGGACAUGGUGGGCAAUUUUUAGUUCUUGUGCAAUUUAUGGUAAUAUUAGAUUAGGAAGAAUUGCGGCUGGUUUUCUGUUGAAGGCGGAAAGUAACGAUGAUUCGGCUAUAUAUGUUCAGUUGUCAAAUAUAUAUGCUAGUGCAGGAUUGUGGGAAGAAGCAGCUUAUAUGAGAGAACUAAUGAAUACAAAUAUGGGAUUGAAGCAGCCUGGAUGGAGUUGGAUUCAAUAAGGUGGUGACUAAAUCAACAACUCACUUCUUUUUUUGAAUCUGGGUCAACGAGGAAGGGUCAUUUUACAUUUUUACGGAGACAAGAUGUUUUGUAACGAUUCUUCGAUAGAAUGGAACACGAACAGCGGGUCUAACAGAGAUACUCAACACACAUUCACUGAUAUCUUUUGUUCAUUUUGUUGACCUUUUUGAAUAGACUGAACUGCUAGUUUGGCCUCUUUUUGUGCAUUUGAUACAGAUACUCUGAUUCUCUUUAGGAAACUAAUUGAUGAAGUUUACUUGGCCUUUUGUGUAUGUAUAUGAUUCAGAUUCUCUACCAUCGACACAACU